UACGAGCUUGACGUUCUCUUGGAGGGCCAGGCCACAACUUUCAACCGGACCUGGCAAGAUCCGCCACUUCCCUCCAGCCGCGCUACAAAAUCAGGGCUGUUGGUGAGGGGGCUGUCACUUUGCUUGACACUGAUGUGGCUUUGGCGCAGUGGUCGCUGCUAG